AUGAUAAAAACAACAACAUUAGAGCAUCUCUCUGUCGAGUUGGUUCACGAAAUAUUUAUUUAUUUCCAGUUUCAUGAAGUAUUCAAUACUUUUUCUAAUCUCAAUUCACGUUUUGCUGCUAUCGUUAGUGACAUACUAUCACUUAUUCCUGUUUAUUUGGGUCUGAAUGGAAUCAGUAUAGCAGUGACUGAAUUCUACUUUACACAUUUAACACAAUCGAGAAUAUGUAGUCGUCUUAUGUCAUUAUGUGUCUCAGAUACAUUAGCUAUUGAUAAUGGUUUGUGGUUAGCAACACAUUUAUCAACAUUCAUCCGUCUCCGUCAUUUAUCACUAAUCGACAUUAAACGUUCUUCUUUUGAAUUGAUGCUCAAUACAACCUUACCCAACACAUCUCUUGUCCUGUUCAGCAUACGCUAUACAGAAUAUUAUCGUGCUGUUUACACGUUUGAAGGUGUUCCUGAAGGUACAUAUUAUGAACGAAUCUUUCAUUUAUUUCCUUCAUUACGUAAAUGUUAUUUUCGUUUCGAACAUGACAAUUAUAACAUUAUAGACCAUCAAAUAACUUUGCCAUUUGGUAAAACUUUCAUGCCGAUUCAAACAAGUCUUUUGAAGUUACAAUCAAUUGUACUUCGACAUUGUUCAUUAGGUUUUCUGUCACAUUUACUUGAACAUCUUCCUCAGUUACAAGAUCUAAGCCUUGAAAUUAGUACUCCUUGGCUACCUGGUAAACAUCCAUUAAGGCGUGAUGAUAAAAAUCGAAUAUCUAGUAUUGAUAAACGUCUGGCUCCUAACCUACGUCGUCUUAAAAUAAAUCCGGGAAAUAAUCUUCGUGAUGUGCCACCACUUGAUCAAUUAUUUGAGCGUAAUGUUUGGUUUUCACUGGCGAACUUCACAUUAUUGGGAAAUGUGACUGGAUCCCAUGUUGUUCACAACUUACUAUCGAUGCUUUGUGACCAAUGUUUAUAUAUGUUUGUUGUUAGUUGGUAUGUGAUGACUCCAGUCUCACUAUCGGAUACAAGUGUCAUCUUGUUAGACACGUUUCGACGACUCAAAGGACGAGUACCAGUCGAAUUGGAGUUAUCUUUAUAUAAAAAUUAUUAUUCUAUUAGAGCUUUAACGAUACCACGAAUUGACAAAUCUUUAUCUGCUUAUAGUUAUCUAAACAAAAACACUGUUCGUGGGUAA